GCCUUUGUUCCUCAGACCGGCUGGAGCGCUCUGCGGAAGAGGAGGUUAGGCUUAGUGCUGCUGCAGCUGUUCCUGGUUCAAGGCAUACUUUAUCUGGAAGUUACGUGGGCGCGAGAGGAAAGAAGCAGAGCCAAAGGGUGGAUUAAUGGACUGACUGACCGGCUGCAGGAGUGACACUUGCAAAGCCCGGGAGGAGGGCUGCCUCCAGCCUCGCCAAGACCCCUCCGCUCCUGCAGCUGCAACAUGACUCUGGAAGAGCUGGCUGGAGAGCACCAGACUUUUGGAAGCAUGGAGAAAGUGGGAGAUGCCUUGGAGGAAGUCCUAAGCAAAGCCCUGACUCAGAGAAGCAUCACCGUGGGGGUGUAUGAGGCUGCCAAGCUGCUCAACGUGGAUCCAGAUAAUGUGGUGCUUUGUCUGCUGGCAGCGGAUGAGGAAGACGAUCAGGAUGUUGCUUUACAAAUUCACUUCACCCUGAUCCAAGCUUUCUGCUGUGAGAAUGACAUCAACAUACUCCGAGUGAGCAACCCCAGUCGGCUGGCAGAGCUGUUGCUGUUAGGGGCAGGCGGAGGGGGUGAGCAGCCACCAGAUCUGCACUGUGUGCUUGUCACAAAUCCACAUUCUUCUCAAUGGAAGGAUCCAGCCCUAAGUCAGCUGAUCUGCUUUUGCCGCGAAAGCCGCUAUAUGGACCAGUGGGUCCCUGUGAUCAACCUUCCUGAACGGUGAUGCCAUAUGAAUGAAACUGAACUGAAUAGGGAAAAAAUGCACUGAAGUUUCAAAAUACUUUAGUAGUUUGCUCAGGAAGUAUUUUUCCAGCCUUGACACAAGGAUUACAGUAACUGAGUAGGUUGGGGUUGAAUUGCACACUGUGUGAAACUGAAGGACAUUUGACUUCACUCCUGGAAGAUGACGGACCUGAAGCAGAGGAAGCCAUAGGAGGUCACUGGAGGAAGUUAGAACUCUGUGGGAAGGUUGUGAAAGCAAUGUGGCAGAGUUCCUUUCAGAAUACAUGUACCGUGCUUUGUUGGAGUUAUAAAACAGCAACUUUUCAGUUUCUAUUUUUAAAUGCUUUUCACUUGUAAGAAGUGCUAAAUGGUUUCAUUAUUCUCAAAACUAUUUUGUUUCCAAAAUGGUGAUUUCUUAAGUUUUUAUUCUAAGAAAUAUUAAGUUAUUUUAUGAUAUUGAUGAAAGAAUUAUUUAUGAUAGGGAUUUGGAAAAGCAUCUUACUUGCACCAUUGGUAUUAAAAUGUUUGAAUUACAGCCUUUUAAUGAAUUGUUUGAAAUUGGACUGUGUUCACUGAAAUAAAAAUCUAAAAGCCA